AGCCAUUUUGAUCCCUCAAGCAGUGCGCGGAGGGAUCCAAUGGAUCAAUGGCCGGAGGCGCAGCCCUCGCUCAUGACCGAUGAGCAGUCGCCUGUGCGGGAGCUGCGCAAAGCUCGGGAGGAACUUCAGCUGCUGUGGAGGACGACACCCUUGAAUCGCUACUUCUUGCCGCUGAGCAAAGCGCCCCCGAGCCCUGUCCAGAAGUUUUCUGGUCAACACCCGCCCCGCUGCUGUCCAAAAGCCGGUGCCUCAAGAUCUGCGAGGCUUCUGGUGAGAUGGGCCUCCGUGCCCUCUGUGCCGCCGUCCAGCCCUGCCUUCAAGGGGGCAACCGACCCGAAGGAGGAGAUUUACCUGGAAGAGUUCUCACCCUGCAGGAAGCAGCAGAGGCUCAGAGGUGGGCGGAGUCCUCAACAGAAGCUCACGGCCGAGGGGAAGGAGUUUCCCUUCAUCCCCUGCACCUGCUGCGAGCGGAAGUCGCCAAUGCCCAUGCUCACCAAGCAGGCGCUCGGUGGAAGGGCCACGCUGGCCAUUUCUCAAUAUGCAGAGGCACGACCGGAGCAUCGUGUGCAUCCCUGACGUGCCGCCCCGUGAGAGGCGUUCCCUCGUAAGCUGGCUGUCCAAAGGGCACCGCAGUCGACACGA